UUCUGGGUCAUGUGACGCAACUGUCGUUUGGGAUCAUGUGACGCAAAUCUUUCAGGCGACUGAACAGAUCAAAAUAUGCGCGCGCCGGGUUUUAGCAGGUUACGUCAUUCCCAUCGUUAAAAUAAAAAAUAACAUUUACCAUUCCUCUGACCGGCACUUAUCUUUAUUUUCUUCGUGGGAAAAAAUAUAUAUAUUUUAUUAGAAGUCCUGCGUUGCCCCUUAGUGGCCAACACCUGCAAUCACGCCUAAAGAAGUGACACUCCUCAGAGAAGAAACUCGGAAGCGAAAGUGAAAUCCCGGCGCAUUUAAACUGCUGUCCUCUUCAGAGCCGGUGCUCUUUUCUUCCUGGUUCGGUCCGAUCUUCGUUCCUUUUAACCCAGAUUAGGAUUAAAUCCCAUUGAAGCGCUUCAAAAACAGGAGACUACAGGAACAAACAUGGCAGGACACAAUGAAAUCGAUGAGGGUUUCUACUCCCGACAGCUGUAUGUCCUGGGCCACGACGCCAUGCACCGGAUGGGAUCAGCCAAGGUUCUGAUCGCAGGGCUGAGGGGGCUGGGGGUGGAAAUAGCCAAAAAUGUGAUCCUUUCCGGGGUGAAGUCUGUCACUGUUCAGGAUGAGGGCCGGACCGAGUGGUCAGAUCUGUCAUCACAGUUUUUUUUGCAGGAGUGUCAUCUCGGUCAAAACCGGGCCACAUGUUCCCUACCACAUCUGGCGGCGUUAAACCCUCACGUGCUUGUGUCAGAACACACUGGACCGCUGAACAAGGACCUGGUCCUUCAACAUCAGGUGGUGGUCCUCACUGACUCCUCUCUGGAGGAUCAGAAGCGUUUUGGGGAUCUCUGCCAUUUAAAUAGAAUUCAGUUUAUAGUUGCGGACACAAAGGGACUCUGUGGACAGCUGUUCUGUGAUUUCGGGGAGGAGUUUGAGGUUAUGGACCCAGAUGGAGAGACCCCCGUGUCACUGAUGAUAGAUCGGAUCACCAAGGACAAUCCAGGAGUUGUUCUUUGCACCGAUGACCAAAAACACGGACUCUCAGAUGGCUCUAAAGUGAUCUUUUCUGAAGUCCAAGGCAUGACUGAGCUCAACACGAUGGGACCUGUAGAGAUCAAAGUCUGCGGCCAGUAUUCCUUCAGCAUCUGUGACACUUCCGCCUUUUCCGAUUACGAGCGCGGUGGAGUCGUGACCGAAGUUAAACAGCCACUAAAGUUACAGUUUAAACCACUGAGCGAGGCUCUGCGAGACCAUCAGCUUUUGAUUCCGAAUGAUUAUGGGAAAAUCGCCAGACACAACACGUUGCACCUGGCCUUCCAAGCCCUCCACAGCUUUGUGAAGCAGCAACAGCGUCUUCCUCAUUCAUGGUCUCAGGCAGAUGCAGAUCAUCUGGUUGCCAUUGUGAGAGAGCUGAACGAAGCGGCACAGCUGGAAGAACUGGACGAGGCUGCCGUGCGGAGUCUGUCCUACACCGCUCGGGGGGAUCUGGCUCCUCUCAAUGCUUUCUUUGGAGGCAUGGCUGCUCAGGAAGUUAUUAAGGCGUGUAGUGGGAAGUUCACCCCUCUCCAGCAGUGGCUGUACUUUGAUGCACUGGAGUGUCUCCCUGAAGAUGAGCAACAGCUGGCAGAGAGUUUUUUUCAACCAAGAAGCUCAAGGUACGACGGACAGAUUCCCGUCUUCGGGUCAGAGUUCCAGGAAAAACUCGGGAGCCAGAAGUAUUUCCUGGUAGGAGCAGGUGCCAUUGGCUGUGAGCUCCUUAAAAACUUUGCCCUCAUUGGACUCGGUGCCGGAGAGGACGGCCACAUCACUGUCACAGACAUGGACUUCAUAGAAAGAUCUAACCUGAAUCGACAGUUUCUCUUCAGGUCUAAAGACAUCGGGAAACCCAAAUCUGAAGUUGCAGCCAAAGCGGUGUGUGAGAUGAACCCGCAGGUGAACAUCACCGCUCAUCAGAAUCGUCUGGACUCUGACAGUGAGGGGGUGUAUAGCUACGACUUCUUCAUGGCUCUGGAUGGAGUGGCUGCAGCUCUUGAUAACGUGGACGCCAGGGUGUAUCUAGAUGGCCGCUGCGUUCAGCACCAGAGGCCGAUGUUGGAAGGCGGAACUCUGGGAUGCAAGGGUCACACGCUGGUGGUGGUGCCUCACCUGACAGAGUCUUACGGACCGGCCAAGACGGGUUCUGGCCACGACAUCCCACUGUGCACGCUGAAGAACUUCCCUCACAGAAUUGAGCACACGCUGCAGUGGGCCCGGGACCAGUUUGAGGGACUUUACAAACAAACACCUGAAAAUGUGAACCUCUUCUUAAGCGAUCCAAAGUUUGUGGAGAGAACUCUUACUCAUGGAGAUACCGAGGCCCUGGAGAUUUUGGAAGGUGUUUGGAGGAGCCUACAGGACAUGGGAGCUGGAGGACAGCAUCCAAAGAGCUGGGAGGACUGUGUGAACUGGGCGCGCUGCAAGUGGGAAUCCCUCUACAGCAACGAUAUCCAUCAGCUUCUGCACUGUUUCCCUCCUGGAGAGGUGACCACCAACGGUCUGCCCUUCUGGUCUGGAACUAAGAGAUGCCCUCACCCUCUGACCUUUGACCCUGACAAUUCUACCCACAUGGAUUAUGUGAUGGCGGCGGCUAAUCUGUACGGGCAGAUCUACGGGAUCAAAGGGACGAGAGACCGCACCAAAGUCAGAGCAAUCUUAGAGAACGUCAAAGUGCCGUCUUUCAUCCCCGAGUCGUCCGUAAAAAUUCACCUUACAGACAAUGAGAUGGAGGAGGAGAGGAAAAAGGAGGGUGAUGAUGCUGUUAAAGCCCGACUGGAUGAGCUGAAGAGAAAGCUGUCCUCAAUGAAAGGCUCCUCUCAGAUGUACCCCCUCGACUUUGAGAAGGAUGAUGACACAAACUUUCAUGUGGACUACAUUGUUGCUGCGUCCAACCUGAGAGCAGAGAACUAUGAUAUUCCUCCAGCUGAUCGCCACCAGAGUAAGCGUAUCGCUGGGAGGAUUAUCCCUGCCAUCGCCACCACCACAGCAGCCGUGGCUGGGCUGAUGUGCCUGGAGCUGUUUAAACUGGUCCAGAGUCACAAGAAGAUCAGCUCAUACCGCACGGCUUACCUGAACCUGGCUGUACAGUACUUUGUCCUGUCCCAGCCGAGCCGCCCUCAACGCUUUGAAGUCGCAGGAAAUAAAUACACCCAGUGGGAUGACUUCCUCGUUGAAGGCAGACGUGACGAUCAGCAGGAGAUGACCUUGGCUGAUCUGAUCCAGUUUAUUAAGGAAAAGCAUGGCUUGACCAUCUGCAGUCUCUUUUAUGGAUUUGCAAUCCUCUACAACGGACACGAAGACAGACUGAAGAUGAGGGUGUCUGAGGCUGUAAAACUGGUGACAAAGGCUGACAUUCCUCCUCAUAAGAAGAUACUGGAGUUGGCCCCCUCCUUUGAUGAAGAUGAGGACUGUGAGACGGUACCGACUAUCAGGUACCGGCUCCCAUGAUGCAGGCGACCCAAAGUCUUUGAGCCGUUUAAUAAAGUUGUUGAUUGUAAUGCAAUAUUUACUAAUCCUGAUGUGUGAUUGAAUUUUAUGGGUUUGGGACUUUUAUUCCUGCGUGUAUUCAUUAUUUUUUAUUACUAAGUGUUCUUUGAUUAACUGAAAUCAAGAGAAAUAUUGUUAUACCUCUUCUUAUUUUCUGAGGUACCAACCAAAAGUUUAACAUAUGAUUAAAAAAACAUCACACACACACACACACACACACACACACACAAACACACACACACACACACACACACACACACACACACACACACACACACACACACACACACACACACACACACACACACACACACACACACACACACACACACACACACACACACACUUUUAAACCCUUGUUCCUUGUUCUGAUUUCCUGGGUGAGUACAUUUGAAUGAUGUGUGUUUAAACUUUAUUAAUUAUGAUGCUAAAGAUGCAAUUUGUGAUGAUUCUGUGGGAACACUUUAUUAAAGAUGUCUUUGAUCUGUC